CUCCUCACCCGUUCCAGUGCCCCCACGCUUGGGCCCCUUUCUACCUUCCUCCACCAUCGACCCCCUACAAAGUUCUUUCCUCUCAAUCUCAUCCUGCUCCCCUUCCCCGCCACUAGCAAAUCCAGGUUAAAUUGAAAUAUCAAAUGGGAAGCAAAGGUCGAAUCCCACCUCCCCAUCUGCGGCGGCAACUUCCUGGCCCUGGUAUGGGGCAUCCGGACCCCUUUGGUCCUGCUAUUCAUCCCCCACCUGGUGGUUUCCCUCCUUUUGAUAUGUUGCCUCCACCGGAAAUUAUGGAACAGAAGCUUGCUACCCAACAUGUAGAAAUGCUAAAACUUGCAACAGAGAACCAAAGGCUUGCUGCGACGCAUGUAUCUCUGAGGCAAGAACUUGCUGCUGCGCAGCAUGAGCUGCAAAUGUUGCACGCAAACAUAGGGGAUAUUAAAUCUGAGAGGGAACAGCAGAUGAGGGGUCUUAUGGAUAAAAUCGCAAGGAUGGAGGCUGAACUCCGAGCUGCAGAACCGAUUAAAAAGGAGUUGCAUCAAGCUCAAACUGAAGCUCAGAGCUUGGUUGCUGGAAGGCAGGAACUUAUUUCCAAUGUGCAGCAGCUAAAUCAAGAUCUUCAGAGGACUCAUUCUGAUAUACAGCAGAUUCCUUUCCUGCUGUCUGAGCUUGAUGGUCUGAGACAAGAGUAUCAACAUUGCAGAGCGACCUAUGACUAUGAGAAGAAACUGUAUAAUGACCAUCUCGAAUCUCUUCAGGUGAUGGAAAAGAACUACCUAACCAUGGCCAGAGAGGUGGAAAAGCUUAGGGCCGACUUAGCUAAUUCCUCUAAUUUUGACAGGAGAACUGGUCUGACUUAUGGUGGUAAUAUGGGAUAUAGUGAGAAUGAUGCUUCUGGGAAUUACCCAGUUGGACCAAAUGCCUAUGGCAAUGGUUAUGGUGUUUUGCAGGGCAGAGGCCCUCAUUCUGGAGAUGGAAGCAGUGGUGCAGCUGCAGAUGCUGCUGGUGCUGCUACUGGUGGGGCUACUCCUCCUGUUGGAGCUCCCUCUGGCUCUGGAAAUGCUCCACUUGCAACAAGGGCUGCUUAUGAUGCAGCAAGAGGUCCCACUUUUGACACCCAGAGGGGUCCUACUGGGACUGCUUAUGAUGCACACAGGGGAGUUGGUGGCCCUGGAUAUGAUGCACAGAGAGGAAAUGCAGUACCUAGUUAUGAAGCACAAAGGGGACUUGGGUAUGAAGCUCAUAGGAGGACUGCUUCUGAUGGGCAUGGCCCCACUUUCAGUGGAAAUGCUGCAGCCCCAUACAAUUUCCAGAGAGGUUCAGGCUAUGAUGGACAAAGAGGAGGCUAUAAUCCCCAAAAAAGUGUUGGAUACGAUUCAUCAUCAAGAGCUGCAGGGUCUCAAGGACAGGCAGCACCGGUGAGGAAUGCACCUUAUGAGCCAGCAGCUCCAUCUGCUCGUGGAGUGGGGAUGGGAUAUGAGGCACCACCACGAGGUGGAAAUGCUGUUCGAAGAUGAACUGGAGAAGGUAUCUACAUUUUCCUGGUCUUGUUCUGGCAGGGAAAACCAUGACCUUUACUUACUUUCAUGGAACCAUGUGCUUAGAGGAGGUCCAAGAAUUGUUCUGGAGCUAUCCUCAAGGUUUAGCAAACUGCAAGCAAACAGCUAAUUGUUGAUAAAUUGGUGUAUGCUUCUCUAGAGGAGCGUGAUCAAUUAUCGCCUGAAAACGGAGAUUUCAACUCUCUCUCUCGCACCUGGUCCCUUUGUGCUACCUUCGUGACUGGAUAAAAGCUCCCCAGGCUGAGCCAUUAUUGAGUAGUAAUUGACAUUUUAUUCUCUUUUAAAAGUUAGGAUUUCUGAAUACUGCAGUCAGCAGCAAAACUAAGCAUACUGUACUUAAAGCAUACGUACUAGAACUGAAAACCAUUGAAAAUCACUAGUAGUUCUUACGGCUUCAGAGUAUCACCAUUUGUAUAAGUUAUUCUGGUGCAAUCUACCAUUCCGUUGCAUUUUGAUCUUUCUCUGUA